GGGACGACGUUUCCCCCCGAAAAUUUACGGAAGUUUCGUGCGAAAAUCGUUUUUUUCCGGAACUUUUCGAACUUGUCUCGCUAAUUGUGAUCGUACUGUGCGUGUCCAGAGGAGUUCCAAAGUUUCCGGAUAUUUAUAUAACUGAAAAAGCCGGGGAGCAUGGAGACCGUCGUUCAAUAUUUACUCCUGGCUCUUGCAUUGACCUCAGUGCAAAUAUCCUUUACUGAAAGCCGUCUAAAUGAAAAACGCAGGGAUAAAACCGAAAGGAGAUAUCAUGCUGUGCAGGCUAAAGACAACAUGUGCGAAAUAACGAACAGGGAAUCGAAAGUGCAUUGCUACUGUGAAAACACUGAAGUGAAAACUGCAACGCGGGCCGAUUGUUGGGUGUUCAAUGGCGGUAUUGAUGAAACUGACCCAAUUUGGUCCAGCUUCACUUCGCAACCGCAUUUAGAGAGAUUAACGUUCAAUGUAAGGUCAGACGGGGCUCUCAAAUUCAUUCCGCUUCAAGUCAUUCAUCGUCUGAAAAGACUGCAAAAGCUUUUCAUUCAUUACGCGACGCUGAACAAAAUCGAAAAGAAGACCUUCACCAACAUGUCGACGAUCAGAGAAAUAACGUUAAUGAACGAUAAAAUAAUGGAGCUCGAUUUGUUCUCAUUUUCAAACCUCCCGGCGCUUGUAAACUUAACAAUAAAGGGGAACAAAGUAACUGAAAUACGGAGAGAUGUUUUUGUCGAUUUGCCGAGUCUGAGAUACCUCGAUUUGUCGUUUAACAGCAUUAGUCUGGCUCACGAUGGAUGUUUUGACCAUUUAAAUGUACUUAACGACUUAGUACUGGAGGCAAAUUUAAUUUCGGUCUUAACAAGAGAUACCUUUAAGGGUCUCGCAAAUUUGACCAGAUUGGAUCUGAGGUCGAACAAAUUGUCAAUGGUCGGCGACCUAACGUUCUCUGAAUUAUGGAAUUUGAAUGAGCUCCUACUGGAUAAUAACGAACUAACAUACUUGUCUGAAAGAGCCUUUGACGGUCUCGCUUUGCUUCAAAAACUAUCUGUGACUGGAAAUAAGUUACAAUCUAUCAACGAAGGACUUUUGGAGGGUGUCCGAGGACUUGAAUUGUUGGACUUGAGAAAUAAUGACAUAGAAUCAUUCACAUACGAGACAAUCAAACCAAUUCUCGAAAACUUAAAAAUGAAAACAUCCGUUUUAUAUUUAAGUGGUAAUAAGCUGAUCUGCGAUUGCCGUAUCUCCUGGAUUCAAGUAUUGCGAAACGAAACCAAGAGUGAACCACUCAGAUUGGCGCUCGAUGAAGUGACUUGCAUUACCAAUAAUAUCAAUACGAAUAACAAAAACACAAAUGCUAAUAACGAAGAUGUUACGAACAAAGAAAAGACAAUCAAUAAUGAAAAUACGUUUGAAGUUGAGCCAGAAGGUGAAGUUUUACAACAAGAUGGCAAUGAAGAAGAAUUAUACAGUGGUUCUCCAUCUUAUAAAUACGAAGAUGCAGUGAAUCCCAUUGGAAACCAAGUAGUUGUAGUUGACAUUCCACCUGAGAAUUUACGUUGCGCAGGGGAAGUAAUACAGAAUGGAGAAGACUCAUUGAUGUUAUCAUCAAAAGACGAAAGUUACUGGCAACCGAACUCGAGUCUCAAAAUACUGUCAAAUUUAUCUUUAGUGUUCACGUUAGUAACAGUAAGUUUAGUUCAGUAAAAAUUGUGAAUUGUGGACAUGAAAAUAAGUUUAUUUAAGAACUUUUACGCAACAACGCUGCAGUAGGUAUCGUUGCUAAUUAAAAUAA